ACACAGUGAGUGGCCAUGUGGCCACCUUUCUACUGUUCUCCCUCAUAAGGGCUUUUGGCCGAAUUGAACUGCAGGAAGUGAAGAAUUCCUGCGCUGAUGCACCAGGCGAUGUGCUGUAUCAGCAGAUGAAAUUUUGCCCAGCUGCCAAACAGGCUGACAUCCAUAUUACAUCAUUAUAUAUCAUUACAUAUUGUAUCAGUUGGAAUUAUCUGGCCAGCAAUCUAUGCGAAACGUUGUUUUAUCAAUGUUUAUGGACAAUUUCAGAUACAUUUGGUGAAGAAACAAAAUACAGCUUCAUUACUAUAAUUUAUUCACCAACUUUUUCUGCAGCGCUUUACAGAGUUAAUACAACAGUACAAAAAUAGUUUGAUAACCCAUAACACUGCUGCAUACUACUAAAGCUAAUAACAAACUCUAUUAUUAUCUAUUACUAUAGUUAUUUUUAUGUACAAAUUAGAAAUGGUGUCUGACUAUUUUUGUAGGUAAUCUUUUUCAACCACAUGUGGGCACAGUUAGACAAUAACACAGUAUGACUUUAGCCUACCAAAGUUUCCAAACUAUGUGGUCCAUGUCUGCAGGGAGGUAUAAGUCCAUAGUUUGCAGGUCACAUUAAAUAUGGUGUCACAGAAAAGUCAGUCUCAGCUAGGAAGCUUCACAGUUGUAAGUUUUACAUCGUGCUGGACAGUCCCCCUUGUUAUAUUUAUCCACCAGGAAGUGGUCUAAGUGCUAAGGAUAGAAAGACUGCAGAGAGAUCAGAGUGUGACAAUACUCUGUUUUCAAAAGUUGCAUUCUAACAAUGUUUUUGGAACUGUAGAAGGUGAACCAAGUAGCCAAACACUCUAUAUUGCAAAACAUUUGAGCCGCUGUGUAGUUUACUAUGGAAUGCGUCAGUAUCAUGGCAGGGUUGGACUGUCCGGUGUGCCAAAAGAGGGUCUGCUACCCUAGGUAUGUGAGUGGCAGGUGGUGAGGUUUGGCAUUGACUGGUAAUGAGUGGUGGGGGAGUAGUGCGGGGUAGCCCAAAACUAAGGUCUUCUGAUAGGACCAAGUUACACCAGUCUGACACUGGCCAUUGGUCAGAUAUAGGUUGGCUUGUGCAAAGCAUGAAACCAAUCUGGUUUGCAACAAUAUGCUGCUACUGAGUGGUUGACUGAUACUAGGGAAUCAAUGAUCUGCUUGUUCAGAUGGGAGGCAUGGAAUGUUUCAGUAAAGGAAUGGCAGGUUGAAUGUCAGCACCCAUAUGUAUACAGUGUUGUAUUUGGUUGUACCCAGGGGAUCCUGAAAUCUGUAGAACGUGGGGGGCCAUUGUGACAGUGAGGGGUCGCUGAGGGGUCGGUCCUUGGAAAUAGGUGUCCUGCAGGCCUGGAACUGGCAAUCUGUGGGUUCUGGCAAGUGUCAGAAGGGCUGCUAUAAGGUGCCAUAAAAAGUCAGUAUUUAGUGGGCUGGUGGGGGCUGUUUGGGCCUCUGUGUACCUGUAAUGCCAGGGCCUAUUUUAAUUCUCAGUCCAGACCUGGUGUCCUGUUCCAUGUCCAGAUGACUGAUAUGAGGUAACAUGAUACAGGGCCCCAGCAUGUGGGCAACAGAUGUUUUUUCGUUUUUUUUUGCAUAAAACUGUUGAGAAGUUGAUCCCUGAGUGGUUUCAUUGCCUCACGUAGUUCAGUGCCCACGAGAAUAAAGAACUACAAAGAACAAAGCCACAAACGUUCAUAUGUAUGAGAUAACGUGGGCGCCCUGGUUCCAGGAGCUUUCCAUGUACAUAACGGCAGUGUAGCAGUCACCCCACUGGCUCUUCUUUAUCAUCUCUCAAACUGCAAACUCAGCCGAACCCACCGCCGAAACUUUGCCCUAGCCCCUCUCUUAUCUUCCGUAGCAGCACAUUGACCCACACACCCCCCUCUCUCGAGCUAAGGUACGACCCCUCCUGAUAAUCCCUUAAAUAGUGAGGAACCUCCUCCCGCUUAUACCCAAGCAGCUCCAGUCAUAGGUUAUAACGUAGCAUUUCCCUUGGUGUAGCCUCUUUACCCCUAGGCAGCAUCUCCUAUUAUUCUACACUCCGCUAACUCCUCCCUCCCAGUCUCUCCCCUCCACCAACUCCUCCCCUCACACACACACAACACACACACAACACACACGUUUUGUACUUCCUCCUCACUACUAGUGUGUGCUCGCUCAUUCCUCAAGCCUGUCUGACAUGUCACUCGCUGCCCACUAACGUGCCCAGCCCUGCCUCUGGCACAAUGACGAGCCUUAACGCUUUGUGGGAAACUCGGAGUGCACUUUGCAGAGCUCCUAUCUACCCCAGCAACUUUGGCUUCAGUCCUACAGAGCGAGUGCAGGGUGCCCAGUAGCAUCUCAGCAAUAGCAGCACAUUAACCCAUGGGAAGUGAUUUUACUUGGACAGUUUCUAUGUUUCUACUUGUCGGCAUUCAUAAUGUCAAGAAAUCUUCAACAAGGCUUCUUAAAUCAUACCAGGCACAACAAGGUGGAGAUGCGGCAUCAGAGUAAUCCAUCAUCUUGUCCACAGAAAGAAUCUGCUGAAGAAUGUUUUACUUACAAAUCUUACACAAAUUACCUGCCUGCUCCCAGUGCUCAUAAUUCAGCAAACCCAUGGAGAUCUGCCACAGCGUAUUUGCAAUAUGCAGGCAGUGCACUAAACCAGCACUUAAGGACUGAUAGAGGGAUAUGUUAUAGAAAUGAAGUUGAAGGGACUGAUAAGAUUUUGAGGACUGGCUCACUGGCUACACAAAAUAAUUUCCAGGUCCAACAGCAUAAUCCUGAUUUGAGGUACCCAUUAUCUCCCCAAGGUUACCCUACCUUUGCAAUGCCAAGACCUAUGUAUAGGAGUCCUAUUAGUUACUUGGAAGGAGCACAUGAUACACUAGCUCUCCCUUUUGGCUUCCAAUCUGGCUUUCAGCAGAUACCUUCACCAGCUGCAGAACGGAACCCUUGUUUUGCAUACAUAUCCUCUCCUGUUCACCUAUGUAAUGCAAAGAGUAAAACACUUUAUUCGUGUCCCUUAGAGAUGGGAAGUAACUCCCACUGUUUUCCCCAGGAAUUGCAAGGCCAGAAUCAACAAUAUAAACAAAGGGGUUAUGCAAAUUCAGCUUUACAGAUGCCAUGUUCUCAGGGAGAGAUUCUUAAAGACUGCUAUCCUUCCUUUAAUCAAAAUGUCCAGAUGAUCUAUAAUAAAGCUAAUAUCUCUGGAGAAUUGCAGAGGAACCCGGAGUUCAUACCUUUACACCAGCAUCAAACUUACAAAUCCAGUGCCUAUUAUUCUAAUAUGGGGGAAGUUUACUCAAUGAGUCAUCAUCUUAUAGGAGACAUUUAUUCUCCCAGACCCUCUCCAUUUGACUCCAGUAUUGAAACAGCUAGGCUGCCUCACGGUGUUAAAGAAAUUACUAUGUUCACUGAUAGGGGUGUAAGGUUGAGUAAGGAACAAAGAAAAAUGGAGCAGGGUGUAAAUGAGAGUUUCAAAGGAGAGCAACAGAAAAGUCAUAUACAAGCAGAGACAGAGCUCAGCAAGAAUUUGGACAGUGUGGAUAAGGAUCUUCAAAUUGGCAUGGGCAAAUCUCAAGAAGACAAAGUACAGAUUCUAGGCCCCAGAAAUUUGAAUAAAGGUAUAGAGCGAGUUGCAUCCUUAAAGGAUUCUUUAAUGCAGACCCCAAUUCAAAGUCCACACCGUUCUGUUUACUCUCAAAUACAAAAUUUGCAUCCUGUUUCUCCACAUGCCACUGAUGUUCAAGAGUCUGGCCAAGAGAAUUCUAUCUCCCAAGUACUUACAUCUGACAGCAGCUUUAAAACUCCUGCACUUUGUGAACAGUCUGCUAAAAAAUUGGUUCUGAGUCUAGAAGAAUGUCAACAAAAAUCUAACUUUACAGAGGGAACACAAAGGCAAGUUUUCCAAACCAGCUCUCUUGAGGUCACAAGCGAAAGUCAGACAACAGAAGAUCAAAAUUCUCAACAUCCGGAGACUGCUUCAAGUAGUCCCAACCCCAAGCUCCUCGUAGGUUCAAAAGUUGAUGAGAAUGACGGACGCAGUUCUCCUCCAAUGCCAGUGAUUAAUGACGUAUUUAGUUUAGCACCAUACCGGGAAUAUCUUGAGGGUACUGCACCCCACCCAUUCCCACAAAGAAAUACUACUAAAGACAGUCAUCUACCCUCUCCCCACACCUCCCAUCAGUUGAACAGACCUCAUCACUUUGUGAAAAUAACUCCAGCUACACCCACAUUAUUAGAUAGUGGUCACAAACCUCCAGUUGCAGAUUUGUGCCUACCUAAAAUAAAAUGUGAGAUUUCUGUUCAGGUCAGAGAUUGUGAAGAGACAUUUGUAUCACAUGCAGAAGAAAUUGUACUAGAUUUAAGUUUAAAAAAAUCAGUUGACUCAGAAAGCCCAUCUCAGGUCCCAAAAUCAGCAUACACUCACGUAAUGAGCUGCCCAUUUAAGAGAUCAGAUAGCAUUGUUUCAAAGAAGACAGCAGGGAGCAUGAUGGCUAGCAUGAACUGCUCCAUGCAAGCAACCGCAAGCAGCCCUUCCCCUAAGACCAGUGAGAGUUGUUUCUUGCAGGAAACCGGAAGGACCAGCUCUUCACAGGUUACAGUGGAGAGCACUCCUCUGAUGCCCAGCAUAAGCAGCUCCUCACAGACUUCAGCUAGACCUUUGUUAUAUAGCACGACUGGUUCCUCACAAAGUCCACAUGAGAUGUUCAGUAUAAAUUGCUCCUCACCGGUUGAAGCAGGAAAAACACCAUUUAUGAGAUGCUCCUCACAAGCCUCAUUGGGGUCUAACCCCAUUAUAUCCAGCAUGGUCUGCAGCUCACAGGUUGCAGGAAGUGCCCCCAUCAUUACCAGCACGAGCAACUCCUCAAAGGCAGCAAGUGAAAACACUGCUCAGUUGACCACCAUGAGUUGUUUCUCACAGACUUCAGCUGGGAGCGCUCAUUUGUUGUCCAGCAUGGGCAGUUUGUUGCCGGCAAUGGAGAGUAGUCCACAGAUGAUGUCCAGCAUGAGUAGAUCCUUAAAGGUUACUGCAGAAAGCAGCCCAUUUGUAAGCAGCCCGUCACAGGCAUCUGUGGAAUCUAAUCCCCUCAUGUCCAGCAUGAGUUGCAACUCAAAGGUAACAGGAAGCUCUUCCCUAAUAAAAAGUAUGGACAACUUCUUGCAGGCAACAACUAGACACACUACUGAAAUCCUAAGCUCCUCCUCACAUGGAACAGCAAAGUGCACCCCACUAAUAACCAGCAAAUGUUUCUCUUCGCAAGCCACAUCCACAAGUUCCCCAAUGUCAGACAGUCCCUGCUUCCCAAAGAACAAUCAAACCCUAAACAUUUGUUCACCCCGUAAUAUUGUCUUACCCAUUUCCAAGUGUUAUGAUUUUGCCAAAACUCUGGUCCCAAAAUACAUACUGACCAAGAAUAAUUCUCUCUGCUCUCCUUUGGCUUCUGUAGAACCUUCAGAAAAUUUAGAAGGGAGGAAAAGACAGCACAGUGAUAUUUCCCAGGGUUUGCCUAAUGUGUCGGAGAAUGAAACCAACAACUUUCACAGUUCUAAAUCAUUUAUGUUCAAGAAAUACAAAAUGAUGAAACUCCCAUCGACUCGAGGAGAGACACAAGGAGGAGCAUCUAAGCCAUCUGCACAUACUUUGCCUGUCCCAGUUCAUUCACCUCCUGAAGGUGCACAUUCCUUGCCACCCAGUGCUCCUGAGUCAUCUCGUACUCUUGGAGAAGCAAAUGUAUCAUUGGCUAGUGGUGGUGCACCCACUUUUAAAGAUUCUAGAAAACACUUUACUGAACUGCAUAAGAGUGUGUGUACAGCUAUCUUGAAUUCGGUUACAAGAUCUCCCUUGGGUCUUCUUCAGGAUUUGCUGGCCAAAAACUUGGAAACAGAAAAACCAAAGUCUCCAGCAAAGGUCAAAUCUAGUUCAAGGUCCUGCAACUCCUUAAAAAACUUCCAGAAUCAUAAUUUAUGGUUGGACAUUGAUGGUGUUCGUUUGGCACUACACAGAUUGCUGUGUCUGCUGGAGACAUUUAUGUUUACACGUAGAUGCCCCUAUCCCCAUGUCAUCAGGGCAGGUGCUAUCUUUAUUCCUAUAUAUCUAGUGAAGGAGAUUCUUUACCCAGACUUGCUGGGGACAUCAAUAUUUCGUGUCCUGCAAAGUCACAAAAUAGAACUUCGGCCCACUACUCUGUCUGAAGAAAAGGCCCUUCGGGAAACUGAACUAAAAGACUGCCCUUCUCGCAUGUUAAAAUUACUUGCUCUAAAACAAUUGCCUGAUGUUUACCCUGAUUUGGUACACCUUUACUGGAAAGACUGCAUAGAGAAGCAAAUUGAUAAGAAAUUGGCACACAAUCUCGGUCAAGAGGAAGUUGCCCACACAAACAACACCCUAGGAGCUAGUUUAUUAAAUAAAGGACACCUAGAAGUAGCCCCAGAACUGAAAAAAUCUUCUUCCUUGGUUUUAAAGUUACAGAGGGUUUGGAAACAAUCAGGUGCCCAAGUGUAUAAAGCCCAGAGAAGGCUCCCAUCUCAGGACAGCCAGAGAGACUCCUUAAGGAAGAAACAGCAAGUCAGUGGUAAAAAACGUGGAAGAAAACCAAGAAAGGUUUCUUACAGGAAGAAUAAAAGUCAGUGUGGAGGUGGCAGUAAAGUAUUUCCAGAUCUAGUUGGAAGACGUAUACUUCAUCUGUUUGAUGAUGGAGAUCGAGAAGCCUGGUUUUCAGGCAGGGUCCUAAGAGUGCACCGCCAAACACGAAGACUUCUCGAUACACAGUUUGAAGUUCUGUAUGAUGAGGAACCUGGCACCCGCUACUACUUAGAACUCCUUCAGGACUAUGAGAAAGGAUGGCUCCGGUUAGACAAUUAAAGUACUUUAUCCUGGACUCUCUUCAUGGCACAUUAAGAUGGACAAAUAGAUGUUUAGAAAUUGUAAUAUUAAAUCUAUUUAUUCAGAAGUUCUCCUAAAAAGUGUCAUGCUGCACUUUCAGUAUGCAUCUUUAGUUUUUUUGUUUUGCUUUAUAGAAGGUAUAUUGGUCCAAUGUACUUUGCUUGCAGGCAGGUAAUCCAAAUAAAAAAUAAAGUGCCUUAGGGUAAUGGCACAAAUCUCC